CUACUAUCCAACGUCUGUCGCUCCCGCUUCUUUCUUUCCCCCCUCCUCCCGAAGUUUAAGACUGCCCAAAUAGGAUUUCCUUUUAGAAAGUCCCGGUCUUACCUUUUACCUCUUCCUCUCUCUCUCUCCGGUCUGUUCCAGAACUUUAACAAACAAGACACUCCUUCUCUACAAGCCACUAUGCACUUCACCCUCCUCAUCAGUGCCCUGGCCGCCAGCGCCCUCGCCUCACCCUUAGCCACAAGCUUGAAACCCAAGACGGGCAAGAGCGAUACUUGGAAACCAGCACCCGGCACCAAAGUAGGUUGUGUGAACACAGACGAACCCAACUUUCACGUUAGCUUCGCGCGCAGCGAUCCCAUAGAAACUGUAAUCAACAAUGCCUGUGUAGCUAUGAUGCCCGAGUGCGCAUUCCGCGACCGCCUUUCCAACGGCAAUUUCUGCACCGCAACUAUCGACUACCAGAUCGACGGCCCAAAGAGUUACAGGCCGCCGAACGUCGAAGCGAGUAGGUACAACGGUACUCACUUCCAGACUUCGCAGGUCACGUUUGAAGUAACACCUCCUUGGGGGAAGGGAGAUGGCGCCCCAGAUCCACUUGUCUUCUGGAAGGUGCAAGAUUGCUAUGGAUAUUUUCAUCAGAUUCUAGAGAAGAUGAGUCCAGAGGGUUGUCAUGAUAGCGAGGGUUCGUUGUUGGGGGCUGUCACUGUUGGGGAGGAGAGUUCGUUGGCUGGGACGAGGUUUGUUCUCUUUAUGGAUAUGAUUCCUGGUUAUGGUUGGAAUGUUACUUGGGAUAAAUAGUCGUAGUAGCUGUACUACCACGCGGGGGCGUGGUUUUUUUUUUGCCAUUCUUCUUUUGUAUUAUCUAUCUUGGGCCAAAGUAUUGGAAAAGUGGCGGGUCGUGUGGGCAAGUAAUACUUAUGAAUAUAUAACCUAUGUCCUUCUCUCC